GAGACAAAAACACGAGUCAACAAGAACUGAAAACGUCGGAGAGGAAGAUCACAGUAUGAAAGUGUUCAAUGAUUCUAUCCAUGGUCAUAUCAAGUUGCAUCCGCUUCUCGUCAAAAUCAUUGACACACCUCAGUUCCAGAGACUACGAAACAUCAAGCAGCUUGGAGGGGGUUAUUUUGUUUUCCCUGGAGCAUCCCACAACCGCUUUGAACACUCAAUCGGGGUGGCAUACUUAGCAGGACAGCUUGUACAAAAUCUGAAAACAGAGCAGGAGGAACUCGACAUCGAUGACAGAGACAUCCUUUGUGUGCAGAUUGCUGGACUUUGCCAUGACCUCGGACAUGGACCCUUUUCUCAUCUGUUUGAUGGAAUGUUCAUCCCCAAAGUACGUCCAGAUCUGAAGUGGAAGCAUGAGACUGCCUCUCUACAGAUGUUUACCCACCUGGUGGAUGAUAAUGGUCUGAAGCCAGUGAUGGAGCACCACGGCCUGAAGCUGAAUGUGGACCUGGACUUCAUCAAAGAGAUGAUUGCAGGACAUCAGGAAACUAAUGCAGUUCAAGGCCAGAAGUGGCCGUAUAAAGGCCGACCAGAGGACAAGUCCUUCCUCUAUGAAAUCGUGGCCAACAAAAGAAAUGGCAUUGAUGUGGACAAGUUUGACUACUUUGCCAGGGACUGCCACCACCUGGGCAUCCAGAACAACUUUGACCAUCAACGCUUCAUCAUUUUUGCCAGGGUGUGUGAUGUGGAAGGACAGAAGCACAUCUGUGUUAGAGACAAGGAGGUGGGCAAUCUGUAUGACAUGUUCUACACAAGGAUCAGUCUCCACAGAAGAGCCUACCAGCACAGAGUGAACAAGAUCAUAGAAGCUAUGAUCACAGAGGCCUUUGUAAGUGCAGAUGGGCACAUCUGGAUUACAAACAAAGAUGAGGAGGAGUUCACUCUCUCCACAGCCAUAGAUAACAUGGAGGCCUACACCAAGCUGACAGAUUCUGUGUUUGACGAAAUACUCAAGUCCUCCUCCCCAGAGCUGGCUGAGGCGAGGAAGAUUCUGGAAAGAAUCUAUUCUCGACAACUCUACAAGUUUCUGGGCCAAACAAAGGCUCUGCAAAAGAAGAAAAUAAGAAAUGAUGAAAGAUACAUUGAUGUCACCAAGGAGAUAAUUUCCACUUGGAAAAAGGAACUGGCUCAAGCCCUCCCUCAGACUGAUGCUCAGGACGGGCUCAAGCCAGAGGACUUUGAAAUUAUUAAAGUCACUAUGAACUAUGGGAAGAGAGACCAGAAUCCUGUUAAUGAUGUAUAUUUCUACAGCAAAAAUGAUCAUACUAGAGCUUUCAACAUCCCUCAAAAACAGAUGUCUGAGCUGCGCCCAACAUGCUUUUCUGAGACGCUGAUCAUGGUUUACUGCAAGAGGACCGAUGACAACAGUCUGGAGGCUGCCAAGAACCACUUUCUCCAGUGGUGCAGAAACAAGGGCUUUCAGGACUCUACAGUAGGACUGUAGCUCAUCACUAAUGGCUAAAACAAUGAAGCUGAAGAUGU